CUCGCUUCCCUCCCCGCCUUCCGCUGUCUCGGCGUUCUCCCCGCAUCCUCCUGCCCCGGCAGCCCCCGGCAGCGCCCAUGCUGAGCACCGAGAGUUUCGCGGGGGCGAGAGCCCUGGGAGAGGAAUCGCUGCAGAUGUGGGACCUCAACAAGCGGCUGGAGGCGUACCUGGCCCGCGUGAAGUUCCUGGAGGAGGAGAACGAGGUGCUACGAGCCGAAAUCCAGAGCACCAAGAGCAGCCCGGCCGGGGACUCGUGGCGGGCGAAGUACGAGGAGGAGCUGCGAGCCCUGCGGGAUGCGCUGGAUCUCGCCUUCAGGGAGAAGUGUACGGCCGAGCUGGCCAGGGAUAACCUCUACGAGGAGGUCCAGCAGGUGAGAAGCAGGUGCCAGAAGGAGCAGGCAGCCCGAGAAGAAGCUAAGAAGCAGCUGUCCUUGAGCAGGAAGGAGCUGGAGGAGGAGAGGAGAGCGCAGAUCUGGCUGAAGGAGAGGGCUGUGCAGCUGGAGAAGGAGGUGGAAGCCUUGCUGGAGGUGCACGAGGAGGAGAAAGCAGGGCUGGACCAGGAGAUCGCCAGUUUCUCCCACAGCCUGGAGAGUUUCCGCUGUGCCCCGGUGGCUUUCCAGCCGGUGGAGGUGGAGGAUUACUCCAAGAGACUCUCGGAGAUCUGGAAAGGGGCGGUGGAGACCUACAAGGCAGAGGUGGCGCAGCUGGAGGGUUCCCUGUGCCAGGCCAAGGAGAACCUGUGGAAGGCGGUGGAGGACAACCAGCAGAGCCAGCUGCAGCUGCAGCACCUGGAGAAGGAGCUGGCGGGGCUCAAAGCACGCAAGGAGAUGCUGGAGGAAAGCCUGGCCCGGCAGUGGCAGGAGCAGCGCAGGGAGGCAGAAAAGUUCCAGCUGGCGCUGGAGGCCCUGGAGCAGGAGCAGCAGAGCCUGCGGGUGCAGAUCGCCCGGGUGCUGGAGGACAGGCAGCAGCUCAUGCACCUCAAGAUGUCCCUCAGCCUGGAGGUGGCAACCUACAGGACGCUGCUGGAAGCAGAGAGCACCCGCCUGCAGAUGCCCGCAGGGGAAUUCAGGUUGGCCAACGGGGUGCGAGAUGUCAAACUGGAGGUGAGCAGCAGCAAAGCGGUGGCAGCGAGCCCCGAGGCCAGGCGGCUGCUGCCCCGAGAGCCCCGCGCCAGCCCCUUGCCCCGGGCAGAGCUCAAAAAACCCCAAAGCGACACCCUGACCCCCCAAAGCGCCAGGGAGCUCCAGAAAAUCACCUCAGCUCUCCAUGGAAGUGCUACCGGUAGGGCUGGGGGGCUGGGAGCCCCCGCACCCAGCCCCCCCCAGGCGGGCAGAGCCGACCCUCCGCUCUCCCCGGAGCCCCCCAGCCCCUCCCCGCCGCAGCGGGAGAGCUCUGGGGGAGACGGUCCCGCCUGGCCGGGAGGAGAUGAGGCAGCGAUGAGCCUCGGGAUGGAGUGUCCCCUGUCCAGAGCCUCGGGGGACAUUGGCAGUGCCAGCCUGCAGCCCCUGGGAGCCGCCCACAGGCUGCAGUACCCGGCCCAGCUGGUCAGCGAGGUGCUGGAGGAUGCCCUCAAGGCGAUGGAAGGCGAUGCUCAGCUCAAAGAGGAGCCCACACCCAGCUCCACGUGGGAUAUCUGUGCCCCCAGCCCCGUUUUCCCCCCAGAGGUUUGUGGAGAGGCUGUGCCAGAGCGGCCUGGGGAGCAGCGAGAGCCCUCGGAGGGCUCUGAGGAUGGAGAGAGCUCCGAGGCAGAGCAGAGGGCUGGGGAGGGGAUGCUCCAGGGGCUGGCUGGGGAGAGCAGCGUCCUGCAGGACACAGCCCCUUCCCCACAGGGCACGGCUGCUCCCCUGAGCGCCUCGGGGAGCCGGGAAGAGCUGGGAGCGUGGGAGGAGGAGGAGGAAGAGGAGGAGGUACCUGCUGUGCUGAGCCCGAGGCAUCCAGAAAUGGAGGCCCAGGAGGGGGACAAGGAUCUCUCUGGACAGACAGAGAGCAGCUGGGAAAAGCCAGAGGAGGAGAGGGCAGAGAGCCCGAGCACAGAGCCAUCACACCCCUCAGAGGAUGAGGAGGAGGAGGAGAAGGGGGAUUUCCAGGAAGAAGGAACAGGUGUGCAAGAAGAGGAGUGCCCACACAGAGAAGUGGAAGCUGCUCGUGGUGUCCUUGUGGAAAACCACCUGGUGUUGCCCACAAAAGGUCACCUGGGAGAGGACUUUGCUGAUGCAGAGCAGGAAAGGUCUGAGCAGCAGGAAAUGCCCGUGUGUGAGAUGGAUCUGGCUGCAGAGAAGGGAAGGGAACAGGAGCUGUGUCCAGAACAGGAGCCCUCGAGUGCCCAUGAGGCCAUCCCUGCAGAGGAGGCUCCCACAGGAGCUGAAGAAGACACUGUGGGACAGGAGGCCACAGGCAGAGUGGAAGAUGCUGAGGGAGAAAAGGGAGAGGCCAGCAGGGAGGUGCUGGGAGGAGAGGAUCGUGGGGUGGGACAGGAUCCCAUGGCAGGAGAGCACCUCACAGCAGGAGAAGACCAUGGGGCAGGAGAAGACCAUGGGGCAGGAGAAGACCAUGGGGUAGGAGAAGAUCAUGAGACAGGAGAAGACCAUGGGGCAGGAGAAGAUCAUGGGGUAGGAGAAGAUCAUGAGACAGGAGAAGACCAUGGGGCAGGAGAAGACCAUGGGGCAGGAGAAGGUUCCCAGGUAGGAGAGGACCCUGGGUCAGGAGAGGCUGUGGCACCAGGUGACAGCCUGGAGGGGGACAGCAGAGCCCCAGAGGAGCCUGAGGACCUGCAGGAAAGUGAGGGGGAGGAACAGGAGGAGCUGGAGCCAGGAGAGGAGCCCUGGGGACAGGAGGGUGGUGGCAGUGGCCAAGAGCCCUGUCCAGAAGACUGGGAGGUGACAGCAGGGGACACUGAGGGAGUGUUGGGGCCAGAAGAGGCAGCCUGGGCAGAUGACACCCCGAGCAGUGCAGCAAGGCUGGAAAGCGAGGAGAGAGGUGGCACACAGCCAGCAGAGCUGGAGGAGGCCCAGGAAGAUGAUGAAGAAGAUGCCAAGAGCCAGGAGAUGAGCCAGCAGCAGGCACUGCCAGAGGCUGAGCCAGCAGCUGAGCGGGCACGGCAGGAGCAGCUGGGCAGCGUGGCAGAGCCUGAGGCAGCCCCUCCAGGUGCCCCUGGGCAAGGGGACAGCCAGGAGCUGGAGGAGGAUCCAGAGGAGCCACGGGAGGUGCAGGAUGAGGACACUGCUGAGGGGCUCAGCCUGGAGCUGGGGCAGCUGGAGAGCUCAGAGCUGGCACUGGGGCAGGUGCCAGGUGACAGCAGCGAGUGGGCAUUGCAGGAGACCCCCAAAAACCCAGAGCCCACAGAGCUGGAGAGCUCAGAGCUGGUGGCACUGGAGCAUGUGCCAGGUGACAGGGACAAGUGGGCACUGGAGGAGACCCCCAGAGACCCAGAGCCCACAGAGCUGGAGAGCUCAGAACUGGCACUGGGGCAGGCGCCAGGUGACAGCAGUGAGUGGGCAUUGGAGGAGACCCCCAAAAACCCAGAGCCCACAGAGGUGGGGGAGCUGGAGAGCUCAGAGCUGGCACUGGGGCAGGUGCCAGGUGACAGCAGUGAGUGGGCACUGGAGGAGACCCCCAAAAACCCAGAGCUGGGGGAGCUGGAGAGCUCAGAGCUGGCAUUGGAGCAUGUGCCAGUUGACAGGGAUGAGUGGGCAUUGGAGGAGACCCCCAAAAACCCAGAGCCCACAGAGGUGGGGGAGCUGGAGAGCUCAGAGCUGGCACUGGGGCAGGUGCCAGGUGACAGCAGCGAGUGGGCAUUGGAGGAAACCCCCAAAAAUCCCGAGGCCACAGAGCUGGAGGGCUCAGAGCUGGCACUGGAGCAGGUGCCAAGUGACAGCAGUGAGUGGGCAUUGGAGGACACCCCCGGAGACCCAGAGCCCACGGUGGGCACCGGCAGGAGGGUGGAGCUGGAGGACACACUGCCAGACAGCACACCCCUGCACCUCUACCAAGGAGGGACCCCAAACCCUCCAGAGAGCGAGGAGACCACGGAGCCAGCGCCUGGGUGUGACACAGCCCACGAGGGUGGAGGGUGGCAGGAAGGGAGGGACAAGCCACCAACCCCCAGCGUGCCAGAGAGCCCUGAAGAAGAGGCAGGGGCAGAGGGGGCUGAGGAGGAGGAAGGAGCAGAGGGGGCUGAGGAGGAGGAAGGUUAUUUCAUGGUCUCUGCUCCCAACCAAGAGGUGUCCAGCUCAGAGGAAGCUGAGAUCCCUGAGGACUUUGAAGAAAUUAAAGUUGACGCAACUGAAGACAGCCAAGAUGAUCUGGGGGCUCCUGGAGAAGCAUCUCCAGUGCCAGAGGGCAAAGAGCACCUCGAGGUGCUUGCUGCAGAAGCAGAUGAGGAUAUGGAGAUGCCCACUGAAGAACCUGAGGUGCCAAAGGAUGAGGAGAGCACUGCUGAGCUGGAGGAAGGCCCAGGAGAAGAUCCCAGCUGUCUCGGGGUGAUGGGACCAUCAGCUGCAGGUUCUGGUGAGGAAGGCCCAGGAGAAGAUCCCAGCUGUCUCAGGGUGGUGGGACCAUCAUCAGGAGGUUCUGAUGAGGAAGGCCCAGAAGAUCCCAGCUGUCCCGGGGUGGUGGGACCAUCAUCAGGAGGUUCUGGUGAGGAAGGCCCAGAAGAUCCCAGCUGUCCCGGGGUGGUGGGACCAUCAGCUGCAGGUUCUGAUGGGCCAGCCCAGGGUGCCACGGGCACUGCAGCGUGGCAGGGAGCAGAGCACUCAGAAGAUCUGGCUGCUGAACCAGAUGAGGAGCUCCCCAACACAACCGAGCUGGAGAGGGGAGCCAGUGGAGCAAGAACCCUCCCAGGCUGCACUCUGGGGUUGGCAGGGCAGGAGGAGGAAGAUGAGGAUGAGCCCAGCACAGCUCUCCAUGACACGGCCAAGGCCACAGCAGAGCUCCAGGCCCAGGCAGUGCCUGGUGAGGCAGAGCAGCCUCUGCAAGAGCAGCCACCCACGGAGGAGGAGGAGGCACUGGGCAGUGAGAGCCUUCCUCCACCCAGGAAUGAACAGCCCUCCGGGGCCAGCCCACCUCAGCUGGGCUCUGCACCGGGGCAGGGAGGUUCUCCAGAGGUGAUUCCAGCCAUCCCUGACACUGCUGCUCUCCCUGCAGAGGUGUCAGUGGAUGUCAUGAAAGACUCGGGGAUUUUGGAAAUAGUUGAGCAGGCCUUGGAGUUCAACCAGGAGCUGAUGGGGGGGAGGCUGGCAGAGGGUGGGCAGGGUCCUGGCAGGGCCGAGCUCUCCCGGGAUGCAGGGGAAGACUCCUCCCUUGCCUCAUCCAGCGAGGAGGAGCCAACGGUGCAGGAGGUACCAGAGAUGGAGAUGGAGGGAGUGCUCCGAGCUGAGAACGGGCUGCACAGGGAGGCCAGCCUGGAAGAGCUGGCUGAAUUCACCGAGGAGAUGCUGAACGGCACCAGCAGCACAGCCCUGGCACAGGAGCUGCCCACAGAGCCCUCGGGGGUGAUGCCAGCACAGACCCCCACCCCUGGAGAUGGCACCGCCACCAAACUGGGGGAUGGCACCCUGAGGGGCAAGCAGCUCAGCCCCGUGCCCCCUGCUCUGGGGGAGGAUGUGCUGUGCCUCACAGCCCAGCAGGCAGCAGCCUGUGGGCUGAGGGCUGAGCAGGAGCCCUGGUCCUCAGGGGACGAGUGACAGCAGCCAGGGGCAGCCUUCUGAUGGUCCCUUCCUGCCAAAACCCUGUAUCCCCCUCGUCCCACCCCCUCCUAAUCCUUCCCCAUCUCCCUGUGGUUUUUAACACGUUUGUGUGGAUUUUUUGCACCCCUUUUCAGAGUGAAGAACCACCAAGUUCCGUUGCACCCCCACAGCCCACCCAAAUUCUCAUGCUUGCUCUGGGACCCCUGUUCAUUGUGAGCUUCCUCUUGGGUGGGUGUAUUUAAUUUAAACUCUGUGUUUCCCCAUUCCCUGCAAUCUUCCCCCUCCAACUCCUCCAGUAUUUGCCCCAGGAUGUCCAGCUGGAGGUUAGGGACCCUCCCAAAGUGCACCCUGGCACUCAGCAUUUUGGGGUUCAUCACCCCAGGGUCCCCAGCCCCAGCCUGGGGUCUGAGCCACCCUGGAUGUACUCUCUGCCUCAUUAAUUUAAUAAAGCC